CUCUUAACCAAGGUUUCAGUUUCCAUUCUGAAUUUGAACCUCCCAUCUCUGGGAGAGAAUAAAAAGCAGGACCUGGACCAUGCAUCUUCUGUAUCACACAGUUUCUAGAACAUUUAUCGUCCAACGUGAGUAUGGAUCGUGAAAAAGUUUUGAGAACUAAACUUUACCAGCUGGAAUGCCACUUUACCUGGGCUCUGAGAAAAGAUGACAUAGAUCUACCUAAAGUUCUCAACAGCCUGGAAGAACAGCUUAAGUUGGAUCAUGGAAAAAACAAAGCACUUGCACGUGCAUACAGUGCUUUAGCAUAUGUUAAAUUUCUUCAGGGGUUUCAGGAAGAAGCACUUAACAAUCUGAUGACAUCUGUGCAGCUCUACAUAGAGUGCCAUGAGGAGGAAUUUCACAAAACUCUCAUUGUCACCUAUGGGAACCUUGCCUGGUUAAACUACCACAUGAAUAACUAUACAGAGUGUGAAAGUUACCUGCAGAAACUACAGACCAUAAAUGAAAAACAUUCAACUGAGGCUUCAUCUGUUCCAGAGGUGCUUGGUGAGAAGGGAUGGACCUUUCUUAAAUUUUCUCAGAAGUAUUAUGAGCGAGCCAAAGAAUGUUUCAAGAAGGGUUUGGAGCUGGAACCAAAAGAUAGCGAGUGCAACACUGGCUAUGCCAUUGCUCUGUUUCGGACAGAAUACGGGGGCUUCACGUACACAAAUUCACCCACAAUCAAGCAACUGAGACGGGCCAUUGAAAUGAAUCCUGAUGAUGAUGUUCUAAAAGUCCUUUUAGCAAUGCGACUGCUUAAAUACAUGAGAUAUGAUGAAGCUGAAAUCUUAGUAAAGAAUGCUUUAGAAAGAUCUCCAGAUCAUCCACACGUCAUGCGAUAUGUUGGGAAAUUCUUCAGGAGUAGAGGAUGUGUGGACAGGUCUAUUCCUCUGUUGAGCAAAGCCCUUGAUCAGUCACCUCACUCAAGUUUCAUACAUCAUCAGUUAGCUCUCUGCUAUAAGAUAAAGAAAAUCCAGCUGCUGCAAGAGGGAAAUCACCAUGCUCAUGCAUCACAGGUUCAACAGAUUCGUGAUCAGAUCAUCUAUCAUUUAGAAAUGGCUACCACCCAUACAACCGGCUUUAUCACUGCAAUGAGUGAUCUAGCACUGCAUUAUGGAGAAAAGCCUGACAUUUCACGCGCUGAAGAGUUGUUUCAGAUGACGUUCCAAACAGCCAAAGAGAAAAAUGACAGUCUAUAUGUGGUCAAUUUUUACUACGCUGAAUUCCAAUUGCUCUGCAAAAGAUGUGAAGCUUUAGCUAUCAAGCACUACAAGCAAUGCCUGAAGUUGUGCCCAGGUUCAUCUGAAUGGAAGCAAAGUUGCAACAGUUUGAAAAAGAUUGCAGAGAAACGUAUUCGUAAAAACACACAGGAUGGUGAAGCUUAUGCUAUACUAGGAUUCCUUCACAAAGAGAAAGGAGAGAAUCUUCAAGCCAUUGAGUGCUAUGAGAAAGCUCUGAGUUAUAUAGAUAAUGAUGAGUACCUCAGGAACCUUUGUGACCUCAAAAUGUCCAUACUGCCCUACAAAGCCAAAGCGCAGUAACUACGCAUUUGGUCAAAACUGAGUAAAGGGUUAAAAUGGGCUUUGUGAGAUCUGUUGUGUCUUGUGACAAAGUCUCCUGGUUCAAUUUUGUCCCAUUUCAGAGAAAAGUGUGUGCCAAAAUUGCAGUAACAUGUUUGACUGGCUGGUGUAAAAAACUUUAAGGGCAUUUUUCUCGGUUUCAGUGUUUGCGUAGUUCCUGCACUUAGCCUUUGUAGGGCAGCAUACAGUAAAGUUAUGACAAACUGUAUGCUUAUAUAAGCAUUGUAUCAGCAUUUUGCUACUUGCAAUAUAAUUAGAUUUUGAAAAUAUUAUAAAAAGACAGAAUUAGUGGUUUUCUAUUAAAAUUAACUUUCAUUGUUUAGUUCUGUUUAGUUCAUUGUUUAGUUCUGCAAGUUAGAUAUAACAAUACACCUUUCUAUAAAUAUCUUACACAAUUCAUAACAUGACUAUCCAAAAGGCAUAUGUUGAAAAUAAAAUGUGGAAUGCUUAAAUAGUUUAUAACACAAAUAAAAAUGUGCAU